AUGUGCUGCUUUAAUACACUUAGGCUCUACCUUUGGGAGACGAUUGUAUUCUUCAGUCUGGCUGCUUCCAAGGAAGCUGAGGCUGCGGCCCGAUCCGCGCCCAAGCCUAUGUCUCCCUCGGAUUUUCUGGAUAAGCUGAUGGGGAGAACCUCGGGAUACGAUGCCAGGAUCAGACCUAAUUUUAAAGGUCCCCCAGUCAAUGUGAGCUGCAACAUUUUCAUUAACAGCUUUGGCUCCAUUGCUGAAACAACUAUGGAUUAUAGAGUCAACAUCUUCUUGCGUCAGCAGUGGAAUGACCCUCGAUUGGCCUACAAUGAGUACCCUGAUGAUUCCCUGGACUUGGACCCAUCUAUGCUGGACUCCAUCUGGAAGCCAGACUUGUUCUUUGCCAAUGAGAAGGGAGCCCAUUUCCAUGAGAUCACCACUGACAACAAGCUCCUGCGCAUCUCCAGGAAUGGCAAUGUCCUCUACAGUAUCAGGCUCUCUCUCUCUCUCUCCCACCCUAGCACUCUCCAGCCCUUCCCCAACCUCUGCACAGUUGGAUUUAAAGUCAGAUUUAAAACCCAACACUGUUGCAAAGCUAAGAGCCCUAUGCUGAAUCUGUUUCAGGAGGAUGAAGCCGGGGAGGGGAGGUUCAAUUUCUCUGCUUACGGGAUGGGCCCAGCCUGUCUACAGGCCAAGGAUGGCAUCUCCGUCAAGGGAGCCAACAACAACAACACUGGCAACCCUCCACCCCCACCUUCCAAGUCUCCAGAGGAGAUGCGCAAGCUUUUCAUCCAAAGGGCCAAGAAGAUUGACAAGAUGUCCCGGAUUGGCUUCCCCAUGGCCUUCCUCAUCUUCAACAUUUUCUACUGGAUCAUCUACAAGAUCGUCCGCAGGGAGGAUGUCCACAACCAGUGA